CAUACAGACAAUAAGAAGAAACAUCAGUAGAACAAGAAGUGGACUCUCCUCCUCGUCACUCUCCCCUAAAACCCGCAAAAACCCAUCUUGCAAAUUUUCAAAAUCUUUCAUUCUCUAACCAAAUUCAAGCUCCGAAAAAUUUACAAACCUCAAGGUCAAAAUACCCACAAACCAAACCCUCCUUUUCAACUCCAUGCCCAAAUGCCCACCUCUCAUCACCAACUCCAUCUUCAAGGCCCUCAACAACUGCUUGUAUCCAAUCCCAAGUAAGUUCCCUUCUCUUUCCAUGAGCUCUAACUUUUCAGCCCUUGCAAUUCCAUCAACCAAAACUAUUGAAACUGAACCCCAAAGCCACCCUCUACACCGUAACGCCUCUGACCGAGAACAUGGCAUUGAACAUGACCCCCCGAUAUCUGAUAAGAUAUUCAAGUCUGGCCCCAAAAUGGGUUCGUACAAGUUGGGUGAUUCGACUUUUUAUUCACUCAUUGACAACUACGCAAAUUUGGGUGAUUUUAAGUCAUUGGAGAAGGUUUUGGAUCGAAUGAGGUGCGAAAAGAGAGUGGUUGUAGAGAAAUGUUUUGUUGUUAUCUUUAAGGCUUAUGGGAAAGCUCAUUUACCUGAAAAAGCUGUCGGCUUGUUUGAUAGAAUGGCUUAUGAAUUUGAGUGUAAAAGAACUGUAAAGUCAUUUAAUUCGGUUCUUAAUGUGAUUAUACAAGAGGGUUUGUUUUAUCGUGCUUUAGAGUUUUAUAAUCAUGUUAUUGGUGCCAAAGGUGUGAAUAUAUCCCCUAAUGUGCUUACUUUUAAUUUGGUUAUUAAGACUAUGUGUAAGGUGGGAUUGGUUGAUGAUGCGGUCCAAAUGUUUAGAGACAUGCCGGUUAGUAAAUGUCAGCCUGAUGUGUACACUUAUUGUACAUUGAUGGAUGGACUUUGCAAGGCGGAUAGGAUUGAUGAGGCAGUUUCGCUGUUGGAUGAGAUGCAAAUUGAUGGUUGUUUUCCAAGCCCUGUUACCUUCAAUGUGUUAAUCAAUGGCUUGUGUAAGAAGGGGGAUUUAGCACGGGUUGCGAAGCUUGUAGACAAUAUGUUUCUUAAAGGAUGUGCUCCUAAUGAAGUAACUUAUAACACACUUAUUCAUGGUUUGUGUCUGAAAGGGAAGCUGGAGAAGGCAAUUAGUCUUUUGGAUCGGAUGGUAUCAAGUAAAUGUGUGCCUAAUGUGGUCACAUAUGGGACAAUCAUUAAUGGACUUGUUAAGCAAGGAAGAGCUCUUGAUGGGGCUCGUGUAUUAGCUUUGAUGGAGGAAAGGGGGUAUCAUGUAAAUGAGUAUGUUUACUCAGCGCUGAUUAGUGGGUUGUUUAAGGAGGGGAAAUCUCAAGAGGCGAUGCAAUUGUUCAAAGAGAUGACAGUCAAAGAAUGUGAGCUCAACACUAUUGUAUAUAGCGCUGUUAUUGAUGGUUUAUGCCGAGAUGGAAAGCCAGAUGAAGCACUGGAAGUUCUUUCUGAGAUGACUAAUAACAGAUGCAAACCUAAUGCUUACACUUAUAGCUCGCUGAUGAAGGGAUUCUUUGAGGCAGGUAAUGGCCAUAAAGCCAUUGAAAUGUGGAAAGACAUGGCAAAGCAUAAUUUUACUCAGAACGAGGUUUGUUACAGUGUACUCAUUCAUGGGUUAUGCAAGGAUGGGAAAGUCAAGGAGGCUAUGAUGGUGUGGGCACAGAUGCUGGGCAAAGGAUGUAAGCCUGAUGUUGUGGCUUACGGUUCAAUGAUUAAUGGCCUUUCCAAUGCUGGCUUAGUAGAAGAUGCUUUGCAACUUUAUAACGAGAUGCUUUGUCAGGAACCUGAUUCUCAACCAGAUGUGGUCACAUAUAACAUACUUUUGAAUGCUUUGUGCAAGCAGAGUAGCAUCUCCCGUGCUAUUGAUCUUUUAAAUAGCAUGUUGGAUCGGGGAUGUGAUCCUGACUUGGUUACAUGCAUCAUAUUCUUGAGAACGUUGAGAGAGAAGCUGGACCCGCCUCAAGAUGGGAGGGAGUUUCUAGAUGGGCUUGUGGUUCGUCUUCUAAAGCGGCAGAGAGUUUUAGGUGCUUCAAAAAUUGUAGAAGUGAUGCUGCAAAAGCUUCUGCCACCUAAACCCUCUACUUGGACAAGAGUUGUUGAAGAUCUGUGUAACCCUAAGAAGGUUCAGGCAGCCAUUCAGAAGUGUUGGAGCAUCCUAUAUUGCUGAUGUAUUGGGGUUCUUGGUGACAUUGUUGUGAAGCUCAUAUGAUCAUAAUGUCACGUAAGCCUCUAGCUUAUAGAGCAUAGACUUCUGUCACAAUUAAUAUGGAGUGUGUGACCAGGGAAGAUGUUGGUGAACGACGAAUCUUGAAACAAACUGUUGGAGAAGUCGAGUACAUUGUGUUUUUGAGAUGAGCCAUGUCAUAGGUUGCAUGGAGACCAAAGAAGACAUAGUAAAUGAGCAUCACCACUGUGCAAAUACCAAAUCUUUCAAAAGCCUCAGCACCCAAAGAUCCCAUUAGAAAGAUGUUUAUUGCAAUUGACAAGGAUGGAAGCCAUGGAACCAGUGGAACGCCCCAAACCUUUGGCUCUCUCUGUUGAGGUAACAUCGAUAAUCCAAUAGUCCCCAAGAACCAAAAAGGAAUGGUUAUAGCAUAUCCAACCCAACCAUUGGGAUUCAGUCCCCAGUAAGCUGAAGUCCCCAUGGACGAAGAAAUAAUGAUUAGCAGGAAGAGGGCUAGCUUCAAGAGGUUUGUUUGUGGUGUGAUAUCUCUGACAUGGUAUCUCCUCACAAGUAAUGCAACAGCCAUCAUCAUGAAGAUAAAUAGGGUGCUUACUGACAACAAACUUGCCAAGACAUCCAGGCUUGAGAAAAAAGCAAUGAGAGCGCUUGAAAUGGUGAUAAGAAGUGUUGCAUUUAUUGGUGUUCCAGUCUUUGGAUGGACAAGAGCAAACCAUGGAGGGAUCAUGUGGGCUCGUGCAAUAUGAGUAGUAUAUCGUGCUUGUCCAAGCGCCCCUACCAAAAGAACGGUGGUCAUCCCCUUGAGAGCACCAAGUGCUACCAGGUACCUUGCCCAAUUCAUUCCCACACUCUGAAAUGCAACAGAGUAAGCCGCACCUUUGUCAAUCUCUGUGUAUUUUUGCAUCAUAGAUAGGGUAAGUGCCAUUAAGCAGUAUAUCACGGUAAUGAUUGACAUUGAUCCAAGCAAUCCUAUCGGUAUGUCUCUGGAUGGGUUUUUUGUUUCUUCCGCCAUGGUGGCUAUAUUGUCAAAGCCUCCGUAAGCAAAGUAGACAAUUGCAGCUGCUUGGAAGAUCCCUUUUGCCCCAAAAGGCAAAAAUGGUUUCAGAUUGGAUGUAUUGGCAUGAGCAAACCCUGCAAUUAUCACAAACAAAAUUACAGCAGUAUUCAGUGCUGUGGCUAUCCAAUUGAUCAGUGAAGUUUUCCUUGUGCUGAUAAUUGCAAUUGUUGCUGCAAUCACCAAAACUCCAACAGCUAUUGGAUCCAGGAGAUUGAAACCUUCAGCUAGAUUUGUAUGGAUCCGUAAAGAGUUUGAAGGACGAUUAAGAAGAUUUGUGAAGUAAGAAGUCCAUGCCCUGGCAACUGCUGCACUGCCCGCGAUGCUUUCAAGCAGUAUGUUCCCUGCAGUUAUGAAGGCCACAAAGUCUCCUAAUUCAAUUCUCAAGUAAGCAAAUGACCCACCCGCUACAGGGACUUCGACUGCGAAUUCCGUGUAACAGAAUACAGAGAGCAUUGCUGACACUCCAGAAGCAACAUAGGACAACACAAUGGCAGGUCCAGCAUGUUCAUGGGCUUCUUGACCAGUGAGCACAAAGAUGCCUGCUCCAACGACCGAACCAAAUCCAAACCAGGUAAGGUCCCACCAAGUGAGGCAACGUUUCAUCUCGUUCUCACUUUGUUUCCGAAGCUCCCCAAUCUCAUUGACAUCAUCUGACCGGCUGAUGAGACGGUCCUUGAACCGGAAACAUGUCUCCGACAAUGCGGAACGGUAGUUUCCCCAGCUUUGGAAGGACUCUUCUGUGGCUCUGUGGAGUAAACAGCAGUUGAUAUGAAGCUUUAGCCUUUAGGUAGACUGUCAUCCAAUAGUUAUUCAAGUGAACUUGUUGUUUAUAAACUGGACCCUCAAUUAUUGGUCAUGGAAUCUAAGAUCGCGAGAUCCCUGUAAAGGAGCUGACUUGGUGACGAUGCAAACAAAAGAUAAGACUAGUUUUGUCUAUUC